CCGAUAUCUCACUUGAGCCCAGUGCGUACCCUAGCAUCGACCUACUUCGAGCGCAUCUAGGCACUUCUGACCCAUCCUCAAGGAUCAACCAACCAAUCAACCAUGGAUCCCAAGAACUAUCAACUCAGCAAAAGUGCAGCUAACUUGAAGUAUACAGAUCUACUUCCUCACAAUGAGAGCGCAUUCCCUGUCUCGAAGGAAUUCCUUCAAAAAGUGGUCGACAUCCUGAUGGACUUCAUCAAGGAGACAAACGACCGGAAUUGUAAGGUGCUCGAUUUCCACCACCCUGACAAGAUGAGGAAGCUGCUUGACUUGGAUGUUCCUGACAAGGGAGUAGAGCUGCAGCAGCUGAUUGAGGACUGCGCCAAGACCCUCAAAUACCAAGUCAGAACUGGUCAUCCGCAUUUCUUCAAUCAACUAUCAUGCGGUCUUGACCUGAUGUCCAUGGCUGGCGAAUGGCUCACAGCCACGGCCAACACUAACAUGUUCACCUACGAAAUUGCUCCAGUAUUCAUCCUCAUGGAGACCGUUGUCCUCCAUAAAAUGAGAGAGAUCAUUGGCUGGAAUUGCGGUGACUCUAUUCUUGCUCCAGGUGGAUCGAUCUCAAACCUGUAUGCUUUCUUGGCUGCUCGUCACCGCAUGUUCCCUGGAUAUAAGGAAAAGGGUCUUCAUUCAAUCAAAGGCCAGCUGGUCAUGUUCACUUCUGAUCAGUGCCAUUAUUCAGUGAAAAGCUGCGCCUCAGUCGGAGGAUUGGGAACUGACAACUGCGUUGAAGUUCCAAGUGACAAAAGAGGCCGAAUGAUUGCAUCAGAGCUGGAGCGACUUGUGAUUGAGCGCAAAUCGAAAGGCGAUAUUCCAUUCUUCGUGAACUGCACAUCAGGCACAACCGUGCUUGGAGCAUUCGAUCCAAUUGAGGAUAUUGCCAACAUCUGUCAGAAGUACAAGAUGUGGCUUCAUAUCGAUGCGGCUUGGGGAGGCGGCCUUCUCUUUUCUAAAAAGUACCGCCAUCCAAGAUUGACGGGUAUUGAAAGGGCCGAUUCAGUAACCUGGAAUCCCCACAAGCUGAUGGGUACGCUACUCCAAUGCUCCACCAUUCACUUCAAGGAGGAUGGACUUCUGCUGAGUUGUAAUCAGAUGAGUGCUGAUUACCUCUUCAUGCAAGACAAGUUAUACGAUGUGCAGUAUGACACUGGUGACAAGGUCAUCCAAUGUGGACGCCAUAAUGACAUUUUCAAGUUGUGGUUGCAGUGGCGUGCCAAGGGAACUGAUGGAUUUGAACAGCACAUGGACAGAUUGAUGGAGCUGAGUGAGUACAUGGUGAAGAGAAUCAAAGAGAUGUCCGACAAGUUCCAUCUGAUUUUCGAACCAGAAAUGGUGAAUGUGUCCUUCUGGUACGUUCCUCAGCGGCUGCGAAGCAUGCCUCACUCGUCGCAGAAAGAGAAGGAACUUGGAAAGAUCUGCCCAAUACUGAAGGGAAGAAUGAUGGAAUCAGGCACGUUGAUGGUUGGAUAUCAACCCGAUCAAGACAGACCCAAUUUCUUCAGGAAUAUCAUUUCCAGUGCCGCAGUGAGAGAAAGCGAUAUCGACUUUCUCUUAGCUGAGAUGGAUCGUCUGGGACACGAUCUCUAGAUUCACUAACAGAGAAAACAAUUCUAUCAUUUCAUUGAGAAUCUAGGAUUAGCGACCUCUGAAUAAAGGCGGUUGAUAAUAAAAUUUAUCAGUCCAUUAUAAGUAUAAACAUUUGUAAAAAGAAUAUAAAGCUAAAAUUCUUACGCACCUUUCUCGUUUUGAGAGACUCAACAUCCAGCAUUAAAUAUCCAAUAGAAUCUAUCACUCACUUGACUUCAGUAUUCUCUUAUCAACUUGCCUUAUUCUCUAUUAUUUAAUUUCACGGUGCUUUAGAAUAUCAAGAUGUGGAAGACGAUGUCUCAUAACAAAUUUCUGAUGGAAUAUGAAUUGAUUAAGCUGACAAACUGUCGGUUCCCUAUGAAAUGAAAAUAUGUAGAUUGUAGAUGACAUGAUUUUAGAAGUGGAAAAUGGAGAAAAUGUUUCAAAAUAAUAUAUAAUGCUUGGAAAGAUAUCAAUGUGAAGCUUCGUUUAGAAAUAGAUAUUCAAUCCAUGAAUAACCAUGAAUAAUUAAUAGAUGUAAUGGUUAAUAAUAUUAAAGUUGAUAUAUUGAUGUAUUGUUGUUAAAAAAUAAACUCGUUAUAAUUAUUAUUGAAAUAUUGAUGUUCAUUCAGGGAAAUCUGAUGGAGUUUAAACUUGGUUUAUUUCUUAUCAGUAGAACUGAUUUAACGCUUGAUUUGGGUAAAUUCACUUUCUAAUAUUAUAAUUUAAUACUUUAUAUACUAUCAAUUUUCAAUAAAAGAUCAGUUGUAUUAUUUGAAAACAGAAGAAACGACUCAAGCAAGAAAAAUAUCAUUAAAACCUUAUUACCUUAUUCUAACUAAUUUUCAAUUAUAAUAAUGGACUAUAAAUUACUUUCAAUUCUAAUAAUAUAGAUUACUUGAGAUUUUAUUCAUACAUAACCACAGACCGAUUCCUGUUCCAUUUUACGUGAAACUAGUCUUCUGAAUUGGUGCAAUGAAUUUAGAUAGAUAAUUGGAAAUACAGUAUCAAUAAGUAGUCGUUCAUAUUGUUCUUGGUGUGAAUUCACAUAAUUAUCUCUGAUCAAAUGUACUUUAAAGCAUUUAUCACAUAAGCAUAUUUAUUGAAUGUAUUCGAUGGUAAUAAAUUAUUAUAGAAACUACUGGUGUAUCAAAAUAACAAGUGAAUAUUUGGUGUGUUCUAAAAGUAUUUUAUUCAAUCGACUUGAAUUGCUUCCAAAUAUUAAGAGCUGUUUUCAUUCCAUAGUAAAAUAAGUGAUAUUCGGUGUAAUUUUGGCUGUUUAAGGGUUACAUUGAGUUACCAAUAUUGAGUAUUUCUCAUAGUUAUAAUAUUAGCUUAACAAUAUUGUAAUAUAGGAUUCAAUAGCACUCUUCAUGUAAGUUAAGUAUUAUAAUUUUAAUUUAUUACUUUUUGAUUCCAAACGUAACAGUUGAAUCAAAUGUGUAGAAUUGCAAUAAUUGUAUAAAUUGAUAAAUGUAUAAUAUUAUAUUAUAAUUAUUAUCACUAUCAUGAUCAUCUUCAUUGUGGUGAUUAAAUUAAGAGUACAUUAGUAUAGUAUUGAUAUUGUUUAGCAACUUAGACACGACUGUUGAAGAAACGCUUCUUUGUCUAGGAUUCUAUAUAGGUUUAUGAAAUGAGAUUUUUUUAAAUCCUUGAUUUUGUCCAAGCUAUAGCUUUGAACACGUGGAAUACGAGUAGAUCUAUUGAUAAAUUAUCAAAUUCAUAGAUUAUCACCAACACAAAUUGAAUAUUUUUGUAAAACUCUAAUAUCUAAAGAAUAUUUAUUGAAAUUUUCGAGAAAAUACAUUUUUUAUCGUGUUAGUGCAAUAUUUCAGUUGAAAGAUUGAAAAAUUAGCCGACAACAAGAACGCGUUUAGCAAAAAUAAAAUUAUUUUAACAGAAAAAUUAACUCUGGAUAAAAUUCCUUUUUAUAAUGGACAGGAUCUUUGCAAUUGGAAUAUAUUAUUAUAAAUAACAAAUAUCAUGUGUUACAUGUUGAAAGUUUACAAAGUCUAUCAGUUUAUAAAGCGAGUAUUGUUGAAAUUUGUUUAGUAUGAUUUAUUUUCAUAAAAUAUCUAUUUUAGUAUUAUAAAGCCGUUGAAUUUCGCUCUGUGAUGAGAAUAAUAUACUAACAUGUUCAUGUAUCCUCUAGUCCAUUCAAAUUGAAGAGAUUGUUUUCCUCAAUCAAAUGUUACAAGGAAAUAAAAAACUACAUAAUUCAGUAUGAUAUUAUAACACACUCGGUAAGGUACCUUACCGUAACUGAGUUGUGAAAAAAUGCAAAAUUUAAAAAUUGAAUAAUAAAAACCCCCAGCUUACUUUAAAAAUUCAACCACUAUUCCACAUAGAAUACUCUAAUAUAAGAUAAAUAGUGCAGUGUACUUUUGAUCAUUUCCAAAUUGAACAUUGGUUUGACUUUAAAAAACCGAGAUGCAUUGUCUGUCAUAUAAACCUGUGUUCAAUUAUGAGAAUUAUGAGAACUAUGAUUAUCAAUGGCUCUCACUAAAAUUACCACCCAUUUAAAGUUAACAAGAAACUCGUACGGUAAUCGAAUAGUUUAUUCUCGAAUUCUCUCCAUAACAUUUUGUGGUAGAGAAAAUAUGUGAAAAUCCCACAUCAAGUCUAUGGAUCUCUAUGUUCUUAAUCCCAACUGAAUAUUGUUAAAUUAUAUUGAAACAGGGUUAGAUAUAAAAAAUACAUAUUUUUGAACUGUUUGUUUGAUCAAACAUAGAUCUCAAAUAUAAAAUGUUGAUUCUUCUACAACAACAUUCUUAUCAAAAUCUAUCUCCAUGUAAAAUGUAUGAGUUCGAAAUAUUCAAUUUCGAUCAAGUGCUUACUUAAUUGUAGAAACUAUAUUCUCCGUCUUUAAACACAGAGUACCGCAAUUUCAUAUAGAACUGUUGGUAUAUGGAUUAAUGAAUAAGAACCAGAACUGCGCAUUAUAUGGUGUGAUAAGAUGUUUUUAGACUAAAGAGUUAAAUUCUUGAUGAUGUGAAAUUAGUGGAAUUGAUAAUGGCAAUGUUUGAUUAUCAUGAUGUUGGAAUAAUUCUUCAAAUUUUAUUGUGACAUUUACUUAUUAUGAUAAGUUAGUUGAAUAGACUGUAUAAGAACUAUGUUGAGUGUUGAGUUCAGAGGCAUAGUAGGCCUACAUGAGAAAAUAUACCGACGUUGUCAACUAGGAUUGAAAUUAUUUAAAUCAAUAAGAAAUUUAUCACCGGAUUAUGAAUAUUAUUAUCAACUUGGAGUGGUAUCCAGAAAACUAUAUACUCAAAAAUAUCCAUUUGAAACCAUCAAUAAUCAACUAUCCUUGAUGUGAGACACUUUGUAAAUUAUUUUCAAAUACUAUUUUUUCUUUACCCGAUUGAAGUAUCAUUUUUUGAAAGUUUUGAUUGACUUUUUCAAAUCUAUAUUCAACAAUAAUUAAUUAUUAUCAAUACUUCAAUUUCUAAUAAUCCUUCAUUAUCUAAUAAUCCUAAUUAUCCUUUGUUAGGGAAACUUCCUGAAUCUCAUUACAAAUCAAUAAAAUAUUCUAUAAAUUCCUGAAAAUUAUGGAAUUUAUGAAACACUAGUCUAAAUUUAUGGUUAUACGGUACCACAAGUAUGAUACCCAAGAACAGGUUCCCAUUGUGAGCUAGUUUCAAUAUAUAAAUAGUUUUCUAGGUUUGCAAUUCUCUAUUCAUUGUUGUAUGGACUUCCUGGUAAUUUGACAGGAUUGUUUGGAAUUUUUAAUACAGCGGGUAGUUCAUUAAACAAUUAUUAUUCCUGUCUAUCACAAUGUGUUCAUUUCACAUUAUCAGUUUAUUAGAAUUCAAAAUAUGAAAUACGGUAUUAUUAUUAUUGAAAUAACUUGAUAAAUUUCACAUAUUUCCGAUUUGUUUUAACGUAGGCUGUAAAUAAUUUAUUUGCAUUCUACAGAAUAUGAUCGUUUUUGCAUCACAUUGAAAGGUGAGGAUUAGACAACUGCCGCGGUAUAGAUACAACUUUUGAAAUCGAAUAUCAAUCGAUGGAGAUAACAUUGUUAUCUUGACUGUUCAUGAAUAUUUGUAAAUAAAGCUAUUUUGUAAAAAUAUACAUAAAGAUAUUCAUUUAUAUGAAAAGAAUAGAUCUCACAGCCUAUAUUUUUAAUCAGAUAAUAUGUACAAGCAAACUCUUGUCUCUCUAAACUUGGAUUCAAAAUGUUAAAUGAGAAUUUUAAAGAGAGAUUGAAACAAUUUGAGUUUGAGGUUAAGAUUCUACCACGUUGAAAUAAAUAAUAUGGGGAUGCAGCAAAAACUAUAUUGAGCAGGAAAGAUUUCUAUUUAAAAUCAGUUUAUGACGAGAGUUGUCUUUGAGAAUAAUUUGAAAACUUCAUACAAAUCAAAGAAUGAUUUUAUAACCUAUCUAACAAUAUUCAUUAUAAUUUGCAAUUAGCCAGAUUCUGAAUUAUCCAAAAAUUGCUGAAAUUGAAAAAACAAUGUUAGAAUAAAUAAAAAUCAUUUUGACUCAUUCCAUCAAUAGCUGGUGAUGGAAUUGUUAGUAGUAUACUUCUAAAACUACAGGUUCCCUUAUUAUGAUUAAAACAAAUUUAAUACAUCUAUGAAAGAAGGUAAUAUUAUCUACUGCAUUCCAACAAUCUGUUAUGAUCUCAAGCAUCGUUUUCAUUGGAAACAUUGUAGUUCUGCUUAACAUUUGAUUAAAGCGUUUCAAAUAUACUUCAUUAUUCAAGAGAUUUUCAUUUUGACUUUGAUUUUGUUUUUUUAAAUUAACUCUUAAGAUACGGUGAGCUACUGUUUAGUGGAUUAUUCAAAGAAUUUCUAUUCAGUAUAGUAGUAUGUAAUCCAUAAAUUUCGAGAAUUGUGGAAUUUGGUUAGAGGCAACUUCGGUGUUCGGUGCUGUACUCUAUAUCUUUGAAUUGGAAAUCAUCUCUUCAUCAAAUCAUUCACAAUUAAUCAAUAAUCAAAAGCUAUCAUUAUUGGUGUGAAUAAACUUGUAUCGAUAUGAUUUUUUGGUAGAAUAAUGUUUCAUUUCAUGGUAAUUUAUUGUCAGUUCUUAAAUGGCUUUUUGCCAUUCUAUUCCAGUAGUAGGGCUACUGUUGUGGAACAAGCAAUAAAUACUUUCUGUACAGAAAAUAAAGCAUUUGCUGACUUAAUUGGCAAGAAAAACUAUUUAAUGGAGUAUAUUAGAUGUGAUAAUAAAUGUGAAGUAUUGAUUGUGUGUAUAAUUGAAUCGAACAUUGUCUAUAUACGGUAAAAAUGAGAACGACAGCAAAUAUCAUGAUGUCUUCCAUUAGCAAGUAAAAUAUAAAACAUAAUUGUUGCUAUGUUCGACUCUAAAUGGACAUUAAUGUUGUUAUUUAAUGUAAUUGGAUUAUACUAUAGUAUUCUUCUCAACUAUAUUGGGGAAAGUAGCAUUAUUUAUUCCUACUAUCAGUAUUGCGUACUGAAUUCUAUGUUUGAAAUAAGUUGAUCACUUGUCAAUUACUCUUGAUAAUCUAUCACCCAUACUGUAUCUCGAAUAUUCUCCAAAACUUACUUCCCAGAUUAUUCCUCAACUGACUUUUUUAAUAUUAGUCAGUAAUAAUAUUUUUAAUAUUAACUUGAUAUGCAAAGCGUUGAAAACAGCGUUCCCUGAUUGACAUUAAUCACUGCAAGCAGUUACUCCAAAUACUACUCCAUCGAGAACGCCACGUGUUGUAGUUUUCUAUGCAACUAUUAUUGUUGAUUUUGUUCAUUCGUAUCUUUUCAAUUUGGAUAAAUCCAGGAACUUCUUUGCAUCGUAUGUGUAACUUUUUUAUUAGUUUUGCUACUUUCCCAAAGUGGUAAUGGAAAAUAUUUUAUGUAAUAACUGUUAUCAUCGAGUAUCAUGGUAAUAAAAUAGAAAUCUAGAUGUAAUAAGUUGUAACUGUAAUAAUAAAUGGAAUAGUUAUUGAACAAAA